GAAGCCAAAGACACUCACCGUGACUAAAUCCCCCCUCACCUGACAAUCCACCGUCCACAAGUCUUACCAUGGUCACUCUAGACGCCGUACACGCCUCCAACACCGCUCUGGUCCAGAGCCAACCCCUGGUGGCCGUCUUCUUCGGGGGCACCUCAGGCAUCGGCCACUACACCCUCAGCGCACUGGCCACCGCCGAAGGAUCCCGCAGCGGCAAAGGCCUCCGCGCAUACAUCGUCGGCCGCAAGGCGCAAGCAGCCGAGAACAUCAUCGCCGAAUGCCGCGCCCUAUGCGGCCACGCCAACGCCGAGUUCAUCUUCAUCCAAGCCACCGACCUCUCCCUACUCCGCGAUGUCGACCGGGUCUGCGCCGAGAUCCUCAGUCUGGAGGAAGCAAAGAGCCAGAACCCGAGAAUCGACUACCUGAUGCUAACCCAGGGUGGAGCGCCCUUCCAGCCCAGAAAAGACACAAAAGAGGGCCUCGACAUCACAAUGUCCCUCAUGUACUACUCGCGCAUGCGAGCCCUCACCAAACUCCUCCCCUUACUCACCCAAUCCCCGCUCCCCGCAACAAUCAUCUCGGUCUUCGCCGCCGGCUUCGAGGGCAAGCUCUACGCCGACGACCUCUCCCUCCGCAACCCGGAGCUCUACAGCUACACGCAGGCGCGCUCGCACAUGAUCUACAUGCAUACCUGGUUCAUGGAGACGGUGGCCGAGCGGAACCCGGAGAAGCUGCGGCUCGUCCAUAUCUUCCCUGGUUUGGUGCUGGGCCCUGCGUUCCAGAACCCCGAGCUGCCCGCUUGGUUCCGCGUGCUCUGGCGGUGGGUGUUUGUGCCGCUCUUCGGCCGGUUGGUCUCCGUUCCGGCUGGGGAGUGCGGGGCGCGCAUGCUGGAUCUUGCGUCUAUGCGGUAUCCGGCUCGGGGAGGUGAGGGUGGUGGUGAUGGUGAUGUUGUUACUGGGACGGAUGGGACGCCUGGGAGUGGUGUUUAUUCGCUGGGUUGGAAGGGCGAGUCCAAUAUUAACCUCAAGGCGUACGAGAAGUUUGAUCAGCUUGAGAUGAGGGCUACGGUUUGGGAUCAUACUAUGAAGGCUUUUGAGACCAUUGAGGCUGGGGAUGUCUUUAAGGAUUGAAAAAUGG